CGGCCCAGCAAGCAACGCCUGCGCCAGAGGGGGGAUCCUGCGGGAGAGGGUCUUCGGGACCGACCUGGCGAACAUCUGCUGGACUCCGGAGAGGAAGUGCCCAGAGUCCUCGCCUCCUGCGCCCAGUUCAUAGAGAAGUACGGGAUCGUGGACGGCAUCUACCGCUUGUCUGGGGUCUCCUCCAACAUCCAGAAGCUGCGACAUGAGUUUGACAGCGAGCGGAUCCCCGAUCUCUCCCGAGACACCUACCUCCAGGAUGUCCAUUGCGUCAGUUCUCUGUGCAAACUUUACUUCCGAGAGCUGCCCAACCCCCUACUCACCUAUCGCCUCUAUCACCCCUUCACUGAAGCCAUGUCGGCCACGGGAGAGGAGGAGAAGCUGAUCCGUGUCCAUGACUUAAUCCAGCAGCAGCUCCCGCCUCCACAUUAUAGAACGCUGGAAUACCUGAUGAGGCACCUUUUCCGACUCAGCAUGCACAGCGACCGCACAGGGAUGCACGCCCGGAACCUCGCUAUUAUUUGGGCGCCAAAUCUGUUACGAUCCCGGGAUAUAUGGAGACAGCUGGCACACCCGGAGCAGAUGCAUUUCGUGAAGUGCGAGUUCAGUCUGUCCUGGUGGAGUUUCUCCUUCUCAAUGUGGAGACUCUAUUUAGUGACACCUUCACAUCCAUAGGUCGCUGUGGUCCUAUCAGGCCCCGAUCGCUGCUUGGAGGAUGCCCAUCCGGACGUCUCGUCAGCCUGCAGGAGGCCCAGGCACGCAGCCAGAGCCAAAGGGAGGCCGCGGAGAAGCUGGGGGCUGAGAAAACCUCACCCAACAAACAGGAGAAGGCGCUGGAGAGCAGCGAUGAAAGGAAAGGUCCGCGUAGCAGGAAGAAGUCAGGCGGUGGAAGCAGCUGGAGAACCUUCUUCGCUAUCGGCAAAAACUCCUCGCAGCAGAAAAAGUCCCGCCUCCGGGAGAGUGCCGCACACCAAAGA